CUCUGAUGCCGAUUUUUCCUCCUCUCAAGCGUCGCGAAGCUUCAGGCCAAAGUUCAUUUCCGUUGCUCCUCGGCUUUGAUCUGAGUCGAUCAUCCGGGCCCUGAAGAUCUGGACUCUUCUUGUUAGACCGCAACUUGGUUCUCGAUGCCGAUAGCUUGGUACCGAUAUAGCUCGGAGCUGGCAUAGCCACAGUCCGUGGAGCCUACAGGCAGAUCAAUGGCCUGAGAGGCUUCAAUACGUACCUUGCCUGGGCUAUCUCAUCACAGACAAGAAACAUGACGACACCAGACAAGACAAGCUGAGACUGGCUGAUCGUGCCAAUUGCUUGCAGAAGAGGCUGAUUCGUGGGAAUGUCGCACUCACUGGCUAAGCAAUGCACAAACAACAGGUUUUUACUCAAAAGUAAAUAUAGUACAGAGUGAUAGAGGGGUUGGAGGGGUAUCAAGGGACCCAAGUAUCGUGAGAGGUAUCUACGUACGAUUUCUUGGCAGGGUCUACCACAGAGAGCUUAUUCCAAGGACAUUCGGGUUACAAGGCGUCCCAAGGAUUUGAUCACCGGCUUCAAAUUCCCAGGCUAAACUUAGCUUUGGGCUGGGUACAUGUACCUCAUGGCACGACAGUUACAGCAUGUAGCUCAGUCAACGCGCGUUCCUUGUGGGACAUGAUCACAUCGUCUCAAGAUUCUGAUACCCAUCUAUCAAGUCUCGCAGGUUGCAGGGUACUUACACUUCAGCUUUCUAAGACAAGGUCCAUGCCACGAUGGAACAGCGGCACGUCAUUCCUCCCUGUGAUGGAGGAGGGGGAGCUUGCCGAUCCACAUGAUGAAGAUGGGGAGCUCUGAGUUAGCUUGGAGGGGGAGGGAGGGAGCUUCUCUCACAUAGGUAUUAAACAGAAGCUUGCCCUCUCAUGUUCGGAUUAUUUUCCAUUCAUACCAUUGCACAAUCUAUCUAUCUACGUCACCAACUAUCUAUUCUCUCUCAAACCAAAACCCCCCAAUAAUCAAUAUGUCUGACAGCUACGGUGACAACAGCUACGGCUCCAGCCGCCGCGACAACGACAACGACAACAGCUACGGUUCGUCCAACCGUGACAACGACAACGACAACAGCUACGGCUCCAGCCGUCGUGACAACGACAACGACAACUCUUAUGGCUCUGGCAACAACAACAGCAGCAGCUACGGCUCAUCUGGCCGCGACAACAGCGAUUCUUAUGGCUCCAGCAACAAUGACUCUUACGGCUCCAGCCGCCGUGACAAUGACAACGACAAUUCGUAUGGCUCGUCCGGUAACUCUGGUCUGAGCGGCGGCAGCGACAGCUACGGCUCCAGCCGUCGCGACAAUGAUGACACAACCUACGGUUCCAGCAACAAGGACAACGAUUCUUAUGGCUCCAGCAACAAUGACUCUUACGGCUCCAGCCGCCGUGAUAAUGAUAACGACAACUCUUAUGGAUCUAGCAACAACGACUCCUACGGUUCCGGCAACAAGAGCAGCGACUCUUACGGCACCAGCAACACAUACGGCUCUAGCAACAAUGACAGCUACGGCUCUGGAAACAAUGACUCCUAUGGCUCCAGCAACAAGGACAACGAUUCUUAUGGCUCCAGCAACACAUACGGAUCUGGCCGUGACAAUGACAACGACAACAGCCGAUCAGGUGGUUUCCUCGACAAGGUCAAGGACAAGGUUGAGGACAAGCUCAGGGGAAACAAGAACAGUGGUGACAACGACUACUAAGUAUGAUUGUCUGAGAGAGGUUCUAGCGUAUUAGUGUUAGCUACUUAUUGAGCGAGAUGAUACAUUCCUCGCUCCUGAAUUGAAUUUCAUUUGUGCCUAUAUAUA